AUGGAGGAAUUUGGUCAUGAGGUCACCCAAUCUUUUAGCUCACAACAGCUCAAGUCGACAAAGAAAGUGAUUGGGAUCAAAUGGCCAGAGUCCGCUCUAGUCCAACGGUGUUUAGAAUAUUUUGAGAGAAAUGGUCUCUAUUCUAUAUUUCCAAUUGUCGAUGUUGAGGCCGUGCAGAUUCUACUCAAUGCGAAUGCUUUAGAUCAGCCCCCAGGCAUGACUCGUGCGGCGAACCGGGCUUGUCUGGUUGCUUUUGCGGCAAUGAUCACCCAUAUCCACCGCCAUGAGCGAGCUUUCGCCGGCGCUGAUCCUGAUGCUUAUUUGCAAGCAGCACUAACACUACUUCCUGAAAUGUUAUUAGAGCCCCCUGAUAUAAGAACUUUGGAAGCGGUGACAAUAUUAAUGCUCUAUAUCGCCCCUCUUGGUAGACCCCAGGCAGCCGAAUUACUUCUUGGCAUCGCGGUGCAACUCAUCUAUAAUCUCGGGGCAAACAGAAUACAAACCCCCAAUGAGAUACACAGGACAGAUCAACGUAGUCAGCAUCUCCGAGCUUUGUUCUGGCAUUGUUACGCCGUCGACAAAGAAUUCUCCAUCCGAAAAUCCCAGCCACCCUUGAUAAACGACGCCGAUUGUGAUUUAGAUCUACCUACGACGAGCUUCUUUUCCCCCUCGGACCUCCGCUUUUCUGUGCUCAAGUCCAAGAUCUUCCGGUUACUUUAUUCAGUGGACAGUCAGGCCCUGCCCGAAGCUAGACGCCUUCAGCAUAUCCGUGAACUAGACCAAGAACUCAGCGACUUGAAGCUGGGGUAUCCCGCCGACUGCCGGCCGGAGGUGUUCGCCACCGAGAGCGCACCGGACUAUCUGUUCCAUGAUCUCAGUAUCCGCGGUGUGAAUAUCCAUUUGGAAUAUUACUACUGCCUUGGAAAGAUCCACGGAGCGAGUAACUCUUGCAAGAUAGUCUCCCCUCAGAGCUGGUCGCCUCUCCCAUCUAGCGCAGAGCUAUGCUUUGAAGCUGCAAGGUGUUCGCUGAUCUAUUUUUGGCGAAUCCGGCAAUUCGUCAACCAGAACACGUUCUGGCUCCAUGCGCAGUUUCUCCUCACGGCCGUCUUCUCGGUCUUCUGGUAUCUCAUCACAGUUCCAACUUCAUCUACUUUCACAAGAGAUCUUGCUACUCUGGAGGAUAUCGCUAAGCUCUUAGCUCAGCUCGACAAAGCGACAGAGGACGGGCAGACUUACCCGCCGUUUUAUCUGGCCCAGGCUUUUGUUGAGAGAUUAGUCUCGCUGGCGCGGCAUUCGCGGCCUAGGGUGGAGGGCACAUGA